AUGAUUGAGCAAUUCAUCAAUUUCGUGAUUAGGCCGCCGAGGGCGGACUAUAACCCGGAUCAGUAUCUGUGGGAAAAGGAAUUCUCCCUCGCUGGUAGAACGUACCAAAGGCAGGAUUUGGAGCUCAAGAAUGCCAGAGGCUAUACCUUAAAGUGUAGUCAUUAUCUCCCUUCUCCGUUUCCUGAAGAUACAUCUCUUCCUUGUGUUGUAUAUUGCCAUGGAAACAGUGGAUGUAGGGCAGAUGCGAAUGAAGCUGCUGUAAUUCUUCUUCCAUCAAAUAUUACUGUUUUUACCCUUGACUUCUCAGGGUCGGGUUUAUCUGAUGGAGACUAUGUUAGCCUUGGUUGGCAUGAAAAAGAUGAUCUGAAGAUUGUGGUGUCGCAUUUGAGAAGCAACAAGCAAAUAUCCCGUAUAGGUUUAUGGGGACGAUCAAUGGGCGCAGUUACUAGCCUUCUUUACGGAGCUGAAGACCCUUCUAUUGCUGGAAUGGUAUUGGAUAGCGCCUUUUCAAACUUAUAUAAUCUCAUGAUGGAGCUAGUGGAUGUUUAUAAAAUCCGACUUCCAAAGUUCACUGUUAAAAUGGCUGUACAAUACAUGCGGCGGGUUAUUGAGAAGAAGGCAAAGUUUGAUAUCAUGAAACUGAACUGUGUUCUGGUUGCACCGAAGACAUUCAUUCCUGUUUUAUUUGGACAUGCAAGUGAUGACAAAUUCAUUCAGCCACACCACUCCGAUCUCAUCUCUGAAUCCUACGCGGGUGAUAAAAAUAUCAUAAAAUUUGAUGGCGACCACAACUCUUCUCGGCCACAAUUCUUUUAUGAUUCAGUUUCCAUUUUCUUCUACAAUGUCCUCCGUCCUCCUCAAGUUUCUAUUGCUGAAAAGCUCGAGAAAUAUUAUGAUUUGGGGGAUUUGAAACUCGGUUCCGGUGUGGAUGAGAGCGUAUUAUAUGAGAUUCUCUCUAGUCUACGGUCUGCACCUACUGAUGCUGCAAGUUCAUCUUCUGCAUUUCCAACAAUAUCUGAAACAAAUUCAGUUACCGAACUUCUUUCGGAAGCAGCUCCACUGGCUGAUGCAGAGCCUUUGUUUGAAGAAGAUACGAGAGACAAAAAUGAUGAAGCCGCAAAUGUGCAGGGUAAGCUAAAUGGCCAGAUUGAAGAUUGUUGCUCAUAUACAAGCUCGACUAGAGAAAGUUGGGGAAGAUGUUCUUCUUUAGGAGGCAGUGAUCAAGAAUCUUUUGCAGAUUUAAGUGCUGAUGAUAAACACUCUCAGAACACGGUGAAGGUAUUUGCAACACCUUUGCGGAGCAUGAAAGAGAAGUCAUCUGAUCCAAAAGAAGAUGAAAAGACGCACAAGAAGAAUAAAAAGAAGAAGAAUAAAGCCGAAACGGUUGCAAAGAAACCAAGGAGUGACAGAUUUGAGAAGCUGGAGGCUCUCAGUAGACGCUUGCGGCUUUGCCUUCUAAAGGGGUCAGUCCAUCGAAGAAACAAGUCAUCUUGA